AUGACGCAGACCAAACUGCAAGAGGGCCAGGCCGAGCUGCCGACGGCCGAGAGCACCCACUCGUACUGGCACCAGGACCCGUCGCCGGCGCUGCUGGGCCACCGCACCACCAAGGAGCUCCCGGCGUCAGCCGACGUCGUCGUCGUGGGCAGCGGCAUCACGGGCGCCUUUGCCGCGCGGACGCUCGUGGAAGCGGGACGCAGCGUGCUGAUGCUCGAGGCGCGGGAGGCGUGCUGGGGGGCCACUGGCCGGAAUGGCGGCCACUGCCACCCGCUCGUCUUCAUCAGCAAGCCCAACGUGGCGCAGUUUGAGCUGGACAAUUACUUUUACAUGCGCGAUUUCGUCCGCGCCCACCAGGUGCCGUGCGACUGGGAGUCGGUCGGCGCCGUCUGCCGCCUGUCCACCGACACGGAAGCGCAGGCGGCCCAGGAGAACGUGCGGCUGCUGCGCCGCCACCACCCGGCGCUCGCGGACAAGGUGGUGUACGUCGAGGACGUUGAGGAGCUGAAGCGGCUGCGGGUGCCGGGCGCGCGCGCGGCCGUGGUGCAUCCGCAUGCGGCCAAGCUGUGGCCGUACAAGCUCGUGGCGUGGGUGCUGGAGGCGCUGCUGGGCACGAAUGACCAGUCGCGGCCAGCCGGUGUCCGAUUCAACCUGCAGACGACGACGCCCGCGACGCACCUGCAGCGGUUCGGGACGUCGUGGGUGCUGCACACGCCGCGCGGCCAGGUCGUCGCCAAGCAGGUGCUGCUGGCCACCAACGGGUACACAUCGCACCUGCUGCCGCGCAUGUCUGCGCUGAUCCGGCCGAUGCGCGGGCAGGUCGCGGCGCUCGUGCCGCCGGCGGGGUACGCGCCGCUGGAGCACACGCACAUCUGGGGCACGCCCGCCGAAGCGGACGACUACCUCGCGCAGCGCCCCGACGGGGUGCUGAUCCUCGGCGGGGAGCGCUCGGGCGAGGCGGUGGUGCGCAGCCAGACGUCGCGCGAUGACGAGCUGGACGGGGACGUGAGCGCGCGUCUGCGCCGGGCCGCGCACGGGGUGAUUGACUUGCGGCCCGGCGAAGAGGAGAGCGAGGAGCUGCGGGCGGUGUAUGAGUGGACGGGCAUCAUGGGAUACUCGGCGGACGGGCAUCCGUGGGUGGGCGAGGUGCCGGCGAUACUGGGCGGUGGUGGAGGGGGGCUGUUUGUAAGUGCCGGGUACACGGGGCAUGGGAUGCCGGCGGCGGCGAGGAGCGGCGUGGCGGCGGCGAAUAUGAUGCUGGGACGCGGCACGGGGGAUGUGCGCCUGCCGAGGGAGUUUGCGGUGACGCCGGAGAGGGUGAGGACGGCGCCGGCGGUGGUGCUCCCGGAGACGUGGGAGGAUGAGAUUAGGAUGAAUGCGUUUUGGAUUGAGAAGGAAGAUGAGGUGGCUGGAGAAGAGGACAUGUAG